AUGAAUAUAUAUACAAUUAUAGAAUUUAUUAAACUCUCUGAAUAAAGAGGUAUAGAAUUACUUAUUGAUACUUUGAUUAUUGGAAUAGAAAUAGGAAGAAAAAACAUUGAAAAUCAAAAUCAAAUUAAAUUAAUGGUUGAAUAACUAACAACACUGAAAAAAAAAAUUGAUUUAAACAUCUACUCACCUUUUUUAAGGGAUGAGAUAUUUGAUAGAGUGCUUAAUAAGAAUGAGAAGGUAUAAUAAAAUAUCAAUUCUUAAAGUUAGAUGAUAUUCUUAUUGAUUUACAAUUAGAGUUUCAAAGACAAUCAAAGAUAAAAUAAUAAAGUAAUAUUUGUGAAAUUUGUAAUCAACCUAUCAAUAACUUAAAUGAAAAAUUUAAUGCUUAAUGCAAACAUCAAUUUCACUAACAAUGUGUGACUCCUUUGAUUCAGGCUAUUGGAAAUAACAAUUGCUUUAAAUGUCCUUUAUGUGGUUAUACUACCUUACAAUAGGAAUUGGAAAGACAAAUCAAAGACAAUCACAAUAUAAAGAGAUCAUGUUGUCCUACUCCAUAAUGCACUAAAUAAUUUUCAUAUUUAGGAUAAGAAAUAUAUAGAUGUUAAGAAUGUGGAAAGAAAUAUUGUUUAAAAUGUCAAUCAUAGGGUCAUUUAGUUAAUCAAUGUAAUAAUUCUAUAAAAACUGCUAAAUUUGAAAUGGGUGAUAAUUAUAAGGAAUGUCCAAGGUGUAAAUUAUGGGUCAAAUAAAUAAAUGAUGAAAAAACAUUGCAUUGUACUUGUUAAUACAUUUUUUGCUUUGGUUGUGGUUAGAAAGAAGGAACUUGUAGUUGUAAUAAAGCUCCUGUAGGUAUUUUUCAAAGUUUAGCUUGGAUUAAAAGAAAGAUUAUAGGAUGA